UAGUAUUAAUUAUAAUUUUUAAAAAGAUGGUAACAUUCUUGCAAAACUGUUCAGAUAUUUUCAUACCGGCAAACGCAGCAGUAAAGUUUUAAUAAUGUUUUUUUAAUAAAGGAACUGAUUACAAGCAAGCAAUUACUUGCAACAAGUUAUUUUCAAGCCCUGCCCAGAUCUAGCACUCUUUCAACCAUCUGCCCAUCCCUUGGUGUCCCAUUCUGCUUUUUCCUGAGCGCCACAGGGCCAACUUCCAAGUUUUCCUUCAGCAUCUUCCCCGCUCAGUUUAUUUCCUGCCGCCAAGGACACGUUGUUCCUAGAAAAUGACACCUUUGCCCUGCCCAGGGCACCUUCGAGAGCGAAAGCUGUUUUUUUCCCCCCGCAAAGAUGCAAGACAGAGGCGACGGGCUGCGGGACAGAAAGCGGCCUCAGCCGUCACUGUGACCGCCGUUUGCAUGACCUCCGCCUUCCCUUUGUUGCCUCAGGGGAAUACAUUUUCUCCGCCCUGUUUUGUAGGACGGACACCACCGUCUGUCUGUUGGGAGACGGCUGCCCUUGUCUCUCCCCCUUGCCCUGGAGUGGCAAAGAGUCGCCGUCGGUCUCUCCGCUGCGUCACCAUCGCUGGGCUUUUGCCGUCUGGCUGAAGGUGGCUUCUCGCCGCCGCGUGUCUGGGGUUUGGGUCGAGGCCGUAUCCAUGGCAACCUCAAGGGCGGGGGGGGGCAGAGAGGAAGUGAGCUCAGUCUCUUCUCCCGGCGGUCAGAUCGAGAACGGAAACCACGUCCGGCUGAGGUUCGGGUCUAGCAACGGUUGCCGGGAAGCUCGCGGAAGGAUCCUUACCACCACCACCACCACCCCACCGCCGGGCCCCCUGACGCCGGGAGCCAUGGUCUUCAGGGUCUGGCUGCUCUAUCUCUCUCUCUCCUUGCCGCCGGUGAGUGCGGAGGGAGGCUCCGGCCGGCCUUGGGAGCGCAGAGAAGCUGCUCCGACCUCAUCAGCCCUUCUGGGCAAGGAACACAACCAGGGGUUGCAGUCUGUCCGGGCCCUCUCGAGCAGGUAUUGGAACCUCCUGGCCUGCCAGCUGUGGUCGGAGGCCUGUGAGGGAGAGGAGGAGAAGGAGGACGAGGAGAACGAGGUCGUGGCGGCGGCAGCGGCGGCCAUGGCGGUGGAGGAGCGGAAGGAGGAAGCCGGCGGCAGCAGGGUCGUCUUGGAGCAGCCAGGGGAUCCAGUGUGGCUCGCAACAGGGUGGAGUUUUCCCAUCAUGAAGGAAAUCCUCUCCAGCUGGUAUUGUAGUUUUGGCACAUGCUGUGCAACAAGAGACUGCAAAGUGACCAAUAACAUCACAGGGUUGGAUCUGGACUUGAGUAGGCGACUUCAUGGACAACACUUGGUAAAACUGGUUGUUGUGAAAGCUAUUCAAGUUUUCCUGGAGACAUCAGAGCCAAAGAAAGCAUUGGUCCUUUCCUUCCAUGGCUGGUCUGGCACAGGCAAGAACUUUGUGGCCCGGAUAAUAGCAGAACAUCUUUACCGGGAUGGUCUGAAGAGUGAAUGUGUCAAAAUCUAUAUCUCUCUAUUUCACUUCCCCCACUUCAGAUAUGUGGACAUGUAUAAGGUCCAGCUAGCAAAAGAGAUCAGUGAGACAGUACAGCUUUGUAUGCAGUCAUUGUUCAUCUUUGAUGAGGCAGAGAAGCUUCACACUGGCCUCCUUGAUGCAUUAAAACCUUACAUGGAUCACUAUGAUAACACUGACAGGAUGAAUUACCGGAGGUCCAUCUUCUUAUUCCUCAGUAACACUGGUGGCAAUAUCAUCAAUGAGGUGGCUUUAGACUUCUGGAGAGCUGGUCGCAACAGAGAAGAAAUCACCAUGGAAUAUUUAGAACCAUACCUGCGAUCAGAGCUGAUGGUGGCUGCAGAUGAGGGCCCUGCUCAAAACCACAUUCUAGAAGACAACCUCAUAGACCUACUGGUGCCUUUCCUGCCCUUGGAGUAUCGGCAUGUAAAACUUUGUGCUCGGGAUGCUUUUCUAGCCCGGGGCCUUCCAUUCAAUGAAGAGGCAUUGGAUGAAGUUGCAAGGAUGAUGGUGUUUGUCCCUAAAGAAGAGAAACUAUUCUCUGCCCAAGGCUGCAAGACUGUCUCCCAGCGUAUAAACUAUUUCCUUCCUUGAUGUCAAAGGGCUGCAUACCUUUGUGUCCUUUCUUGUGCUAUGACUGGAUAGUAAUUUCUCUACCAGUUGGGGGCUCUUGCAUCAGUAGGAAGUGAAAAAAUGAAAAUCUAUGAUAAUGAUAAUCUUAGAACUGGAAGGUACCCUAUGGAUCAUUGAGUCCAGCCCCUCUUAUGGAGGCACAGUGGAGAGUCCAAAUCCCAACCUCUGGCUCCACAACCAGAUGUUUGAACUACUAUCCCGCAGUAUUAGUGUUUACAGAAGAACUUGCUUCAGGAAAAAUGAAGGUAUUGUGAAUAAACAUGUUGCUGAAAUCUACAUUAAUGGUGCUACUGAAGAGGCACUUACUAUAUGCCAUGCUAGAAGAUUAUAAAUAGUACCUUUGGGAUACUUGUACUUACACGUAGCCCUGAGUGGAUGAUCUAGGGAAGAAGCACUCCAGCUGCAAAAGAACUGAAAUAGUUUGAAAAUGUGACUUCCUGCUCUACUCCAUGGUAUACCUGAAUAAGGAACUAAAAUGUUUAUUUGCAAGAUGAUGCUCUAUUUCCUGUUUCAGAAUGCUUAUACAGAAAUCCGGCUUGGAUGAGGAGGUAUUGUGCUCCCAAUGUGGACAGGUAUGGGUUUAGCCUUUUUAAAAAAAAUAUAUUGAAGACUCAUCUUUUAAGUGACCUGUGGACACUGCUGAUUGUACAGUGUGGAGAAUUGUGGAAAACAGCAUGGAAGAUUGUGGAAAACUAUGGCCACUCAGUGUCUUUCAAGUUGUUUCUGUCACAAAGAAUGCAUACCUGCAAUUCUUGAUUAUAAUUGUAGGAAACCUAAUUCAGAGAAGUCAUGUUGGUGCACUUAGUGUGUGGGUGGAGUUAAAUGAUAAAUGCCAAAAUUGCAGGACCCAGUGCAAUACACUUCCAGCCUGUCACUGAACUUGAGCGACAGGUCUGCAAUAAAAACAAGCACUGUUUGCAUGUGCCUCUGUUUAAUAGUAUUGCAAAUCCGUACCUUGGAAAAUAUAAACUAAAACCUGGCAGUUUGCUGGUACUCUUGGCACACGAAAUGCAGAUGACCCCAAACUUAGCAUUCCUAUCUGGAUCAUUUCUUUUGACACAUUUGGCUCAAAUGUAGAGAUAACAUAGCCAGAUAUUAGUCAGAAGAUCUUGCUGUUUGUCCUUCCCUAGAUGUGGGUACAGUGUUUGCUUGGAGGCUGCACACUGGCCUGAACUGAGCAGUUAUUUUCAGGAUGUCAAGUAAUGAGCAUAGUUCAAGCUCCCACCCUCCCCCAUUCCUUCAUGAACAUAUCCAAUUAAGUACAUUGUAGUAAUUAUAUGAGCAGGGCAACAGUGGUGGUUUUUUUGUUCAAAGCACAUACCGAGCAAUUGGAAAUCAUGCAACUCAAAUUGAAGAAGAGAUUUUAAAAAUGUUGUCUUUGGGGGUGAUUGAAGAAUCAUCUUUCCCGUGGGCUUCGACAUUGGUUCUGGUCCCUAAAAAGAACGCACUAGGCGAAAUUCUCGAAGUGAGAUUUUGUGUAGAUUACAGAAAGUUAAACAGUGUCACAGUUACAGAUCCAUACCCAUUACCCAGAAUGGAUGAUUUAAUUGAACGCCUUUCACAGGCUAAGUUUAUCAGCAUAAUUGAUCUCAAAAAUGCGUAUUGGCAACUCGAUUUGGCAGAGGAAUCUCGAGAUAAGACUGCUUUUAUCACUCACGUGGGAACUUUUCAUUUCUGAAGGUUACCAUUUGGGUUAAAGAAUGCAGGUGCUUCUUUCCAAAGAAUGAUUGACAAACUGUUACAGGGGUUACCGUUUGCUAGUGCUUAUCUCGAUGAUGUAGCAAUUUUCAGUUCGGAUUUUAACUCUCACAUGGCUCACAUCGAAACUGUUUUGUCAAGGAUCCAUCAAGCUG